AUGCAAUCUUCCAAAUCCAAACCAUGGUCUCCCUACGCAACCGAAUACAACCCCCUCGAAGCUGGGUCCAUUGACGCCACCGACACCGAGCCACACGACAACGCCAUCGCCAGGGCCAUGGAGGCCCACUACACGCCCAACCCCACCCUGAGAAGCAAACCUGAGUACACCGUCUUCAUCGCCAGGCUGAACUUCGGAACUAGUGAAAGCACUUUAAGGAGGGCUUUUUCCGAGUACGGCGAAAUCCUCAACUGCACUUUGGUCCGAGACAUUGUGACUGGAGCCUCCAAAGGGUACGCCUUUGUGGAGUACAGGUCAAGGUCCUCUGUUGAGUUGGCCUGUAGAAGAGGAAACAAAACUGAGCUAGACGGACGGAUCCUGUUCGUUGACAGAGAAAUUGGGAGAACGAUGAAGGGCUGGAUUCCACGACGGCUCGGAGGAGGCUUUGGUGGAAAUAAGAAUUCCGGACAGCUCAGGUUUGGUGGCAAAGACAAACCCUAUCUAAAACCAAUCACAAAAGGAGAGGAGAAAGAAGAAAAACGACACCAUUCGAAACUUGAGCGCCGAUAACUUUUCCAAAAUAUACAUUCCAAGAAGCACAAAUAUUUUUGUAUUUUCACAAGAGUUAUGGUAUGGGUCCAAAAAUUUCAAUAUCGAGAAAAUCAUUUUUGCGUCAAUUUAUUGGGCGAGCUGUAGUUAUACAUAUUUGCUUGUACAUUAAAAUUUAAUUCUUCUGUGAA